CGGGCCGGGCCUGCGCGGAAGUGCGACCCGACCCUGCCUCUAGUGGGCGUCUUGGGUCCCGGCUCUAUUUUGGACUGCUGGCCUGGGAAAGGCUACCCGAGUGCCAAAUGAACGGUCCUAACUGCGGGGCUGCAGCUUCCUGCAUGAUGCUGGGGAACUUGGCGCCUGACCCAGGAUAUAGAAGGCACUCUGGGCAGGCUGCGCUCGGCCCACGAAGGUACCCAACCUUCUGGGAUAGAUGCAGGAACCGAUGGCUAGGACCCAUUUUCACCCAACUUCUCACCCCAGCUCUGGCUUACCACACGCUCCUCCCCAUUCCCAGUGAGCCGCUUUUUACAGCACCAGGCAGACACUCACACAAGUGCUUUGUAAAGGAAUCUUAUUGUCCACCCCGUGUCUUGGCAAAAGAACAGUGAUCACACGCAUUCCUACUUGGGCUCUUUCCUUUCAUCUUCGGUGGCAGAGUUUGCCCAACUCAGGUAUGCCGCAGCACACUACAUCAUCUCGGGUCUCCUUGCCCUUCAGCAGCUCUUCCUUGCUACCCAUGGUAUUUGAAUACCCCAGGGAUGCUUACCCUGCAAGCUUAGGGGCCUAUCCGAUGUCUUUUACUGUUGUGCCAAGAAAUGCAAUCUUUAACCAGAGUGGAGCUACCCAAGUUCUAGAAGAUCAUAAUGUGAUUAACUAGUUUCACAGAUUUAAUUCAUUUUGCUUUUACCUUCUGAAAUAAAAUAUACUGUUUCAUUUUUAAUUUUAAAUACACUUUCUUUUUUUGUGGAAGGAAAGACCAAAUGUUUACACUGACUCUGAACUAGUUAUCAAACAUAAAGAUUUAGAUUUCAAAUUAACAUGUCAUGACAGGCCCCAUUCCUUUGUCUGUCAUUUCUAACUCCUUUAGCAGUAAAGUUUGACCUGAACGGAACUGAGGCUAUGUGUAACUGAAUGUUCAUUUGGUGUAAAUAUUCAUAAGUUUUCUACAGAAAUAUUGUGUUUGAUUACAGUACAGCUUUGUGGAAGUGCUGCAUAAUACAUGGCAGACGUACUAUUCUAAGAAAAGUUCUGAAUUUUGAAACAUAUGUAGCCAAAAAGACUUUAAAUAAAGGAUGAGGAAUUUGUAGUUGUAAUUUCUGAAGGUGUGGUAAAUAACUUUUUCUUUCAUAUAUAAGUGCGAUGCUCUGGAUAAUGUUAAAGUUUGCUUACAAGAUAAAGUUCUUAAAUUGAGUAACUAAAAACUA